ACACAACGGGCGUGCUGUGACGAAACGUUUAGUUUACAUGUCUUUUGAUAAACCUAAAAUCGUUUAUUGAAUAAAUAAUUUUCAAAUAUAUCAAAUGAUCCGGCAUUGACAGACGAGAAUGCCUAUUUCACAGUUUACUAAAUAUUAAAAUGUCUUUAACGCGAUUUAAUGCCAUAUAUAAGACUUUAAAUAUAGUCAUAUCAUGUAUGUUACUACAAAUGUAAAUGUAUAUGCUUGAUUCCACGGUCUUGUUGAUAUAACAUUAGUUUUAUUUACUUACGAUUUUUAGUGAAAAAGAAACAAAUGUUUUAUGUGUGUGACAUGCGGUGAACAAUUCUAUAUAUGUACAUGAAAUAUUUUGCUUUAUAAUAAUAAUUUAUCAACUUUGGAUUAAUCAUGGCAACUUCUCGUUUAAGACAGCGGAGACAGGAGAUUAUGUCAGCUCCACCCAUGAGUCGCCUUCCUCGGCUAGAUUCAUUUCAACUUCAAAGAGAGUUGACUCUACCAGGACGCCGCCAAGGAACAGCAAAAAUCAGACAAGAAUUUUUUGACAGCAGACGAGAUGACUUUGUACAGGAAACAUCUAAAAAGGCAGAGAUAGAACGUUUAAAACAAUACAGGCGAUUCUUAGAUAGUAUGAAAUUACUACGCAAAAACAGCGUGAAACACAACCAACCAGUGACAGAAAAUAGUGAAUGGGCAAGAGAAAUCACAAAAAUAGAUCUUCCAGAACGUCUGCCGAUUACAGUACCAAUACGACUGAAAAGCGCUCAACCAAUACCACCACGUCACGGGCAUUUACCAAACACAAACCCUAUUUUCUACCGUGUGAGAUUGUCUUCUUCCGCUGAUGAAAAUGAAACUUGCACGUUAUUCACGGGAGACAAUAAGUCACCGGUAAAACAGAAACCUCAGUACUUUAUAAGUCAAGACUGGAGCUCUGAAAAGGCAUCGUGGUUUAAUCUUCACCAUCGUGUCCCAGAAUUUCAGAAAACAAACUGGAUAUGUUGUUAACCAGUAAUUAACCAAGCAAUUAACUGACUAAUUUUCCUUUGAUAUUUAAUUGUUCAGUAUAAAAAUGUAAAUAUGCUCACACCCUAAAGUCAGAUUCCUACGAUGUGAAUUCUACAAGAUCUAAUAACAGUUACUGUAAUGUGUAAAUCUCAUACAAGCACUGAAAAGGCUGCGAGGCUGUCAACUUCACGAAUUUCGAAUCUCCUGAAUGAAAACUUUUAAGUUCAGCAUCUUGAAAUAUAAAGAUCGUGCUUGUAAUGACAUAAGGAAGUGAUGAUAGUGGCAUUUCCGACUGUUCUCGUGUUUGUAAUAACCGUUGCUUUCAUUAGGUUGCUAAGCUGCCAAUUUUAGACUGCCAGUUUGCUAAGCUGCCAACUUCAGACUGACAGGUUGCUAGGCUGACAACUUUAGGCUGGUAGGCGAACAUGUGAUAAAUGUGCAUGUUUUAAUUAGCGACUAUAGCCCUAGACCACAUAAGCAUCUAUCGAAUUUGUUUGGGAUAUUUUUUCUUCUAAUAGCAUUUUGAUUAGCAUUUUUAAAUAGCCCUUAUUUAUAAAUCAGAAACAUAAUGUGUUAAUAAGGCGAUUAUAGAUCUACUAACUUUAUUCCAUCAUGGCUUAGACUUAGACAUUUUAAGGUUACAAUGACAUACAAUUCGUAUGCAAUUAUAAAUUCAAGGUAUCUUUUGUAUUUCUAUGAAGUUUAUAAAUUAUUAAACGAAUUGGCAACAUGACAAAUGUUCGGUUUCAAAAUUUAAUUAUCUUUGCUUCUAUUCAUUACCAGUAUGGGACCUACAAAUUGCAAUCAUUAAUCUUGUAUAAAUCAUUUCAGGAAUUCUAAAAUGAUUAAAAAAAGUUAAGUGUCUAUAUUAAACGGGAAUUUCAUUACUAAAAUGCUAAAAUAAUUAGCAUUAUUGAUUUGUGUAUGUUGCAGUGCAUUUGAAGAAAAUAACCGGUUGAUAUUUCUUAUUUAAUACAAACAUUCAUAAUUAAAGUAUAAAAGGUAUCUGAAACAUAUUAAUUGCUUAUAUCCUCUAAGUUAAGUAUGCCACCUUAUACUUAUAACCGUACCAGAACACUUAUUUGAAAUAAGGGCAUUCCGAUUUAGGUUUUAAAAAUUUAUUUUCGUGAGGAAAAUAAAAUUGCCAUCCGGACACAUUACCAUAUUGUCUUUGAAAUGUCUCGUAUGAUGCUGUGGUUGCAGUAUGGUUUGUCAUUUUUUAUCAUUUCUUCUCUGAAUGAAUCUUGGCUCAUUCCUUUGAUAUUAAUUUUAUAGGUCAACGCCAUGGUUUUGUUUUAUAAAGCAACGGCAAUUUAAAAGAUUAAUGUCUAUAUUAAAUGUAUUAUAUAUGUAAAUAUUUUUCUCUAUCUCUAGUGUAGUAAUUGAAAAUCGGGUUUUUAAUUGUGAAAUAAAUUAGCACCAUUCAAAAAGAUUUCUUACUUCAUGAUAGUAUCUGUGUUUGAUUAACGUGUUCACCUUGACGAAACAUCAGGUCUAUAAUAAAAUGUACACU